AUGUCUUCAAGACCGAAACGAAUUGUUAAACUGCCAGCCUCACUUGACAGUCUGAUAGGCUUUCAGUUAGACUUCUCCAACCUUAAAGCUGAUAUCGAAUUUUUGGCCAAAUCGAUAGCUGACAAUGAAGAGAAUUUAAUCUCGUUAACCAUAAAACUUGAUGAAGAAAUUGACAAAAUCUCCUCUCGUAUGAAUAAAAUCCCAGAAGUUGAGCAGAAAGCUGAAACUUUCAGUAAAUCCGUUGAAGACGUUUACCGCAUGAAAGAUAAAGUUAACUCUUGAAGCGAACGUUUUGUGGCCCUGGAGGAAAAAUACUUCCUAAUGGGUCAGCAGUACUCUGACCGAUUCAGUCAGCUGGAAAGUGUUGUCGAUUCUACAAUAAAAACCAUGGAAGAUAAAUUCACAAAUCUUUAUCAGAAAUCUACUGAAAAUGCACUCUCCAAAAUUGAUGAAAUUGAAAAAGCAGCAAUGGCAAGAAUCAAAAAGGCUGAAUCAGACUUAGCUUAUUUCCAAAACAUGGCAAGGAUUAAUGAUCUCGAAACAAGAGAUAUGCUUAAAAAAGAAAUUAAUGCUUCAACAGAAAAAUUAGUAAAUAUGAUCCACGAUGUGCAUGAAGUUGAUAAUAUAAUGCAGUCCCCAUAUAAUUUCCCUGAUGGUUAGGAUUAACUCUAGCGGUCAGUGGAGUUCAACUCUACCCCUUCAUAAGUUAGCUUUACGCUCAGAUGGCGCUAGAUACUAACUACAACUAACACCCUUUUCCGUUGACGUCACCAAAAAAUGAUGACAUCAGAAAGUCUGUUGGGAGACUUAUCCGUAAAAGGCUCGAUCCUUGACCAACGAUUAAGGACUGCCUAGAAUCGCAUGCUUGAUGUAUUGCUGCCUACAUUAGCCCUAUGCAGACCAAAGAUUGCCUCCCAGAAAUUCGUAAGGAUGCUGCGCCUCGGUGGAUUUUUGGUACUAACUCCCCCCCCCCUUUAAAAUUGAAACAAAAAAUUUUGUUUCAAUUUAAAGGGGGGUUAAGAAAAUUUUUUUAUAAAAAAAUUUAUAUAUAAAAAUUUUUUCAGAGAUAAAAUUUUAUAGAAAAUAAAUUAUAUAAAUUUAAAGAGACAAUAAAUUGAGUAAAUUAUAUUUAAUAACAUUAUAAUUUUAUGACAAUGCCUAGUCGGUAAGUUAGCAAGUUCUAUUUUCUUAAAAAUCGCUCUUUAAAAUUUAAGAAUACUAUUUUAGAAAGUUUUGAAUUUUCACGUUAAACUUAUAAAAUUUGCAUUUAAUAGUUUUAAAAAUGGAAAGUGUUUGAUUUUUAAUUUUAAUUUCAUGAAAAAUUAAUUCAUAAAUUUCUCAAUCUCAAAGUGUAAACUUGCUGAAAUGGUAUUCUUCUAACUCUCCCCAUAACAAUUGGACAAAAUAGAGUUUAAUUUCUAAAUCUUAUAUGUUUGAAGCAUAUUAAAUAGGGUAUUAACGUAUUUAAAUAUAAAAUAAUGAUUUUUACCUAUAAAAUUUUCUAUUAUAAUAAAAUUUUGUUUCAAUUUAAAGGGGGGGUAAUUUCCCAAAAAAGUAGGAAUUUUACCUAUAUUUUGUUUCAAUUUAAAGGGGGGGGGGGAGAGUAAGCUUUUUGCCUCGACCCACAAAAGACAGACUCUGGAGAACUAUCACCAAUGGGAUCCUCAGGCCUCGAUCAACUCACAGGACAUCAGGAAUCUAACUCAGCCCAAAUUUUAAUAAUUCUUUUUCCUGAUGAAGAUAUUGAAAAAGCUUUAAUGUACCGUGAUGCACAGAAUAUCGUGGAUAUGCAAGAUUAUGAAUAUUAUGGAAGCAGGGAAGGAGAGGACACACUAAUUAGAGAUUUUGAAGAGGGAAAGGAAAGCAGAGCUAGAUCAAGACGAACUGAUGAUCCUUAUGUAAAUCAGUUAAAUAUUGAAAGGCAAGCUAAUGAAACUGAAGUCUCACCUAGCAGAAAGCAGAGAAGAGAAAUUAAAAACUCAAGAGAUGAAAGAAUCCCUUCGGAAGGCAGUGGCAGAUUAGAUGCAAGAAGUGGGGAAAGAUAUAGGCAAAGCUCUGAAAGAGAAAGCGCUGAUAUGAGAGAAAGACAACGAAAAGGGAGCAGAAUUGAUGAAAGAGACACUGAAAGCAGAGACAGGCAAGGAUCAAGAUCCAAUGAGACAAGGAAUCCACAGAGACUUGGAGACAUAAAAUAUCUUGAAACCCAAGCCAGCUACUUAGAAGUCUCUCCAGAUAAAAACAACCCAGACACCCAAACUAACGCAUCAGACCAGUCUCCUUUCAACGCAAAAGAAAAAAUCGAAUCAGCCACCAAGCAGCAAGGCGAGCGAAAUAGACAGCUGAUAGACUACAUAAAGCGAAUGAAUAUGCGACUCUCCGAAGUUGAAAGCAAAGUUCAAAACAUAAAUUUACGAAAUCUCCUUAAAGAAGAUUCUACCAUGCAAGAAAUCGAAAAUAAAGCUCCAAAAUCUAGAGACGAGCUUGAGCUAGAGAUGAAUUUAAAGUUUGUAACAAUAGUUACUCAGUUGAACGACUAUAAGAAACUUAUGAGGUCAUUUUCUACUACUGUGGCUGAUUUCAGCAUUGAUCAGGUGGCGACUGAAAACCUAAACCGCUAUAUCCCUUAUAUAUCAAGAAUAGCAAGGCUUGAAGAAAUCAUUGAAUCUUUCGCAUCAAGAGACGACAUCGAAGGCGUCUUUAAAGAAUUAGACGAUUUAAGGGAUAAUUUGAAAGAAAAAAUAGAUAAGCCAGAAAUUAUUGAAAUGAAUUCAAGAAUGAGCUAUUUGGAAGAAGAACUUAAUAAGACAAGAGGCAUGGCUAUCUUGACUUCUUCUUCUCCAUUGAUGAAGUCUAGAGGGAGCUCAAGCCACUCAGAACUGAGGACUGAAGCUAAUGUGGCUUUUGAGCCUGCGAAAUUCAAUGAGCUGUGGGAUGCAGUUGCAAGGAUGUCAGAAACUGUUGGAAGUAUCCAGCAGACUUUGCCAUUGAAAGCUUUUAGGAGUGAGUUUGAAGAGGUUUUUAAAUUAAAGGGCAGCACAGUAUCGAAAGCUUCACCAUUACUCAACCUGCUAGAUGUGGAGGAGAGGAUCAAACAGAUAGAGGAUAGGCUGAACUUGUACUGGUACGAAAUGGAAAAACAGAAACGAAGUGAAGAUCCAUUGGUGAAAAGUCCCCAAGAGCUAGAAGAAAUGCAGCAUUUAAUAGAAGAGGCUGUUGACCUGCAUAUUUCGACUAUUAGACUGGAGCUUAAUAACAGAUACCAAGAACUAUAUGAAAUUAUAUCAAAGCCUGCAAACGAAGGAGAUAUCACGAAUAUCCAUAUAUUGAGAGGCACCAUUAUGAAAGUUCAAAGAGAAAGCAGAGAUCUUAUUGAAAAAGUUGCCAAAAUUGAAGAAACAGUUACCCAACAAGCCAACGCACUGGCUGAAGAGUUCAAAGAAGAAGAAGGCGAAGAAAUCGACCCCUCUCUCCUCAAGAAGCUCACAAAUGCCGUCAAAAAGCACGAAGCUCUAUUUAAGAUAAUGAAGGAUCAAAUGUCAAAGAUCUACAGCGAAAUCGAGAUCUAUCAACAAAGCACCAAAAAGCAAAACGAAGUGACCAUAAAUACGAACAUAAAGAUGUUUGAAGAAUUAAGGGGAAAUGUCUCUGAUGUUAUGACCAAAAUACAAGAAGGAACCAGAUUAAACCAAAGAGAUAUGCAAAAAAUUAACGACGUGUUUUUAGUUCUGGAAAACAAAGGAAAUAAAGAAGACAUCAUGCAAAAAGUGGAUAAAAACGAACUGAAAAAAGCGUACAGGUACCUAUGUAAGAAAAUUGAUGACCUGCAAAAGAAACUCAAAGCAGCAGAGGAAGCAAAAGAAGUGUCGAAGCAGAAAGAUGACCCAACAAUUUUUAGGCAAAAACUUGGGAUGGAGUGUUUGGCAUGUGGGCAGGACAUUUCAGGAAUAAACCAGCCUCCUAAAGGAGACUGGAGGUCAUGGGGACGGUUCCCAGAGGCUCAACUUAGAUUUGGCCCUGGAUUUUCGAAACUGCUCCCUAUACUUCAAAAAGAGAUGCAUGGAAAGCAUAAGUCUGAAAAUUUGACAGCAAGAAUUCUUGCAACUGUUGAUGACUCAGAAAUUCAGGAAGUAUCAAAAAGACCUAUUUACUUCUUAUAAAGUUUUAAUAUGCUUUCUUCUUCAGCAGGAUGAUUUGGGCAUCCAUAGGCACACCCUUUUAACCCCAAGUUAUGAUGUGAGCAGCCAUCUUGUCUUGUAAGCAUUCCAGAGGAACCCACCAAAAGUGUCAGAAAGUCUCAGGAGUCGCGCUGUUAUUGCUCGGGCUGAUUCCAGUGCGUAUUCUGCCUAAGGGUCACCUUCCUCGGUUGUUUCAGGCAGUGAAACCAUAUGCCUCUCCUUUUUUCCUUAGGUCAAAGACGGAAUUAUGAGAUAAUUCCAUAUUGGCAUUGUGGAAAAGGUGUAUGUUGAAAACUUAACACCAUAAUAAUAAAUAUCGCGGAGAAUAAAGGGUUGUCGAGAAAACCGCUUCCAUAUAACCAUUUUAUUAUUAUGAGUAUCAAAAAGACAAGAAGAGCCCCAGAGUUAUCAGAGAUACAAAUCACAGACAAGACUUGCCAAAGUCAGAGAUGAUUAA